AUGCCAACUGGCACACUAGAAGUUAUUAUUGCCGACGGACGUCAUCUUAAAGAUCGUGAUAUUAUCGGUAAAAAUGAUGCUUAUGUCGAAGUUUAUUUAGACAAAAAAUAUAAGCAACGUACAACAAUUAUAAAGAAUUCCAAUGAUCCAAUUUGGAAUGAACGAUUUUCAUUUAAUAUUCAUAAGGGCGAUGAUACAAUUCACUUUGAUGUUUAUGAUGAUGAUCUAGUUGGUCGAGAUUCAGUUGGAAAUUGUAAAGUUAAAUUGAAACAUGUCUUUGAUGGCCGUAAAUUCGAUGAAUGGGUCAAAUUACCAGCUAAAUUAGGCCUUUCAUCUCAUGGUGAAAUUCACAUCAUUAUGAAUUUUACGCCAGUGUAA